GAGCCAACAGAGCUCACCUGUACCUCCUGUUCAAGCAGAAUAUGAGCACGGAGAUCGCCAGCCGGCAUUCAUGGAACCACAUGCACGUCAUGGAUCGAGUCUGCAAAUUGACGCGCCACAAAUGCAUCAGAGCCAAGAAAGCAUGCGAGUACCUCUUGUUCAAGCUAGAUAUGAGCACGGAGAUCGCCAGCCGGCAUUCAUGGAACCACAUGCACGUCAUGGAUCGAGUCUGCAAAUUGACGCGCCACAAAUGCAACAGAGCCAAGAAAGCAUGCGAGUACCUCUUGUUGAAGCUAGAUAUGAGCACGGAAACUGCCAGCCGGCAUUCGUGGAACCACACGCACGUCGUGGAUCGAGUCUGCAAAUUGACGCACCAGUAAUGUUCCCAGAUGUCCAGAAUCGUGACAGAACGUACUGCACCUUGACUCCUUCAAACCAAAGCACGACGUUCCCACCACUGCAAGAGAGGCCUCCUGCCUUGCGUGCUCCGCAAAGUCAAGAAAAAAUUCUGAAAGAGUUGGAACGAAUUCGACUGCAAAAUGAAACCAUCAUUCAAAUGUUGACUGCUAUAGUUCCAAGGCACACAGACCAACUGGGCAACUUUACAUUCCCGUUAAGUAGUCGGGAAGAUGUUUCAUCUCUUGAAGAUCAACUUGCAAGUAGCAUGGAGCUCAGACGAGAACUGGUUAAGCGUUUGGCAGCCAUUGGUGGUGGAACGACUGGUCAGGCGGUGCGAGCUCAACUGAGAUUCAUUUUUGAAGACUCCCUGGCCUCUCUGUAUAGUUACACUGGAUGGAAAGCAAAAGAGAAUUUCUCCCACCUACAUCUCUGCGAUAUUAUUAAAGAAGCGGUAAAGCUGAACCACCGCACUCGUGCUUCUGACGAUGAAAUAAAGGGCUUCAUAACGAUCUGGCUCAAGAACGCGAAGAUACGGCAGGGUAAGAGGGCUGGCUAAGCUGUGUGGCCCACCCAAGAACCAGAAAGUGUCUUCCAGUUUGCUAUCCAGCGACAUUUUUUUUUUUUAACAGCCACCAGAGCUCAAGGAGUCAUGGUCGACACUUGGUGGGAAUGUCCCUUAAAUCUAAGUAACUCAUCAGACAUUUUUUAAAAAUAAUAUUGCUUCUUCUACAUGGAUGUUGGUGUGCUGCCUACUGCUGUACUACAGAAUGCUGAUAAACAAAGGUCAAGAUCCAUUGGCUGCAAUGCUGACUUUUUGAUGAGACUAGCACCAUACACAAAAUUGGCAGUUUUUCACUUGGCUUGCCACACCCCCGUGCAUAAAAAAAGCUAUUGAUAUUCUCGUGCUUUCACAAAUUUACUGUUACUUUUAUACUUAUUAGUACAUUGAAAUAGCAGUGUUCUUGUUAAAUUCUUUGUAAUUUUAACAUUAUAUGUGUUUUAUUGUGUCUAGUGUAUUCCUUUACAGGAAAAAGUUGCGCUAAUAAAGAAAGGACACCACAAAGAAGGAACACUUGCAAACUACCAACUGUUCUAUUGACUGUAGAUCGUCGGUUAAAUAGGGAAACCGAACAUAGCUGCGCUGACGCGCCAAGGAACCUCACAUGCUAGCGCACCUUAUUCAUCUUAAAGGACACUUUUGCACCAUAGAGCAAUAUCGAGGCCUCAUUUACACAGCUAUCACUUUUCAUGUUAAUGAAGAACGCUUCCAAAACCUCACGAGCACACGUGUUUCUGCUAUGACCCAGUAUCUUAGCAGAAACACGUGUGCUCGUGAGGUUUAGGAAGCAUUCUUCAUUAACAUGAAGAGUGACAGCUGUGUAAGUGAGGCCUCGAUAUCGCUCUACGGUGCAGAAGUGUUCUUUUUUUAUGAAUAAGGUGCGUGAUGUUCCUUGGUGCAUCUGUGCAGCUUUGUUCGGUUUCCCUAUUUAACCGAUGAUCUACAGUUAAUAAAACAGUUGGUAGUUUGUGCUCGACCUGUUUAGGUGUUCCUUCUUUGUGGUGUCUUUUCUUAAUUAACGCAAUUUUUUCCUGUAAAGAAUGAACCAACU